AUGGACGACGAGGACACAAUUCGCGCGGCCAAGCUGCUGCGCGACGAUGAUGGGACCGACGGCAGCGGCUUGGACAGCGUCCGUGCUCCGGCAGCAGACCCGUCCGGAUACUACGCCCGCCUCGGCGUUUCUCCAAAGGCAACGCAGCAGGAUAUACGCCGUGCGUUUCUGUUCCUCAGUCAGCGCUAUCAUACGGACAAGCACUCGAGUCAAGACGACACGGUGCAGAACUUGAUGAACGAGCGCUUCCAAGAGCUGCAGGACGCCUACGUAGUGCUGUCCGACGAGCGGCAGCGCGCUGCGUAUGACGCAGGCGGCGACACGGGGAUCCAGCGGUUGGCCCUCGUCCCAGCCGGGCUUUACCGGCGCGAGGACAUCUUGAACUACGUCUUGUCCCUCGACAGAGAAGCGCAGCUGCUGCGCACCGCACAGAUGCUCUCGGCUACCUCGCAGACAACGGUGAGCUUCUCCACCGCCCACUUGUUCAGCUUCUCAGGGCCAAGCGAGAGCAAUGACAGCAGCAGCAGCAGCCCCAUCGAGGACGGCGACGACGCUGAGUCAAGCAACUACGGAGGCAGAGACGGCUCCGAAGAUGAAAAGCCACCGUCUGAGCAGCCUCAGCCCGCCCCAUCAUCGCUCCACGAGCAGCGGACGGCGACGCGACCCAUGACCGCGUCUGCCACCACUUCCUUCCCUGCUGGCGACGCCGCCACAGCAGCUCCAUCAUCACCCGCUCCUGCAGCAGCACCACUGCAGAGCGCGACACCGCCGGCGAAUUCCACUGCGGCCAGCGAGGCUGAGGAAUGCGCUCCCCCUGCCUCGGCUGCCGCGGUGCAGGCACAACUCACGGCCAAGGAAGUCAUCAUCAAUGGCCAGCGUCAAAUUGUGCUAAUUCCGAACCAGGAGGUGCAGCAGCAACUCCGACAGCGCAUGCGUGGGCUGGUCGCUGGGGAGGCGCCUGCACCGUCUCUCUCCGGCGGCAGCGGUGGUGCCGUGCCUCGAGCGGCGCCGCGACUGCGCCGCAUGCCCGUGUCGCAAGCGCUCAUGUUUGCCGUCGUGCCCAAGUCCAUGACGUUCCGAAGCUCCUUCCAGCAUCUCAUCGCGCCGCGGCUCUCCGUCACCUUCCGCACGGACAGCACCUCACGGAUGCAGAAGACAACUACAAGCCUCACUACCGCGGCGGAGUACCGCCCCGACGAUGUGCGUACGUAUGAAACGUCGCUGCGCAUGGCCGUGCAUGGGCUGAAGUGGUGCGUCAUGCAGGCGCGUGCCCUGAACCCGCUGUGGACGCUCAAGACGAAGCUCACUCUAUUGACGAACUCGGCGCUACUGCAGAAGCUGGAGCUCACCCUAACGCGCAAGAUGUCGGCGACGGCGGAGCUGGAGAAUGUGUUGGCCAUGUCGCUCACCGAGCACGGCUACUUCCGCUCCAGCUUCAACGACUUCACGGAGGAUGUGCAGCAGGGCCUCAGCACCUACAUGGCGUUCCACAACAUGUACGUCACCGCCUUCACCGGCAAGAAGGUCGUGCUGGGCGUGGACACAAAGGACCCCAAGCACCCGCCUGUGUACGGCCAGAUGCAGUACUCCGUGAACUGCUCACCGCUCGCUGGGCAGUCGACCUUUGGCAUUGAGGCCUGGUACUUGCCUUCAAAGACGCAGCGGUACGGCCUGGCCUUCACGGCAGUCGUGCCCUAUGCUGUCAGUCCCAUCGCACCACCGUUCUUCAUCGUGCGAAGUGCGCAGUUCGCCGUUGUGAAUCAGGUGUCCAUCCUGUACGCCCGCGGCCGCCACCGCAUCUCCGUCCCCAUCAUUGUCUUUAUCUCACCCAAGGUGAGCCACGCGCUCAUGUGGCUGUCCGCGCCACUGACGCUGUACCGCGUUGGAUCAAUGCUCUACCGACCCUACGCCCGCGCCAAGGCGAUCCGGUACUACACCGAGCAGCGUAAGCUGCACAUUACGGAGAUGGACGUGGCGCGAGAGAGGGCUCGUAUGGAACAGCUUGCCCUCGAGAGCCUGGUGUUGAUGAGCCGCGCGAAGGAAGAGCGGAAGGGUGGCCUUGUUAUUAUCAACGCUCGCUACGGUGUGAUUGAGCCUCAGUUCGCCGAGAUCAUGCCACCGGCGGUGAAUCGCUCGCCGUCCGGGUGGUGGCCGUCGCAGAUUAUGGCUCAUGUAGUGCAGCGUCUCGUCCAAGGGUGGAUGCGGUGCUGCGGCACCGCUAAGGCUUCGUCGGAGGCCGAGGCUGACAUGGAGGCGCGGCACAGCUCAAUCCGCAGUGACGCCAUCCCGCUGUCCAUCGACGUCACUAUCGCGAUACAGAACCUGGUGCGUGACUCGGCGCUGACGCUUCCCGCAGGCACGAAGAGCUCACUGGUCGGUUUCUGCAACCCUGAUCCGUACACGCCAGAGCUCCAGAGUCUGAAGAUUGUGUACUGGUUUCGCAAGCGCAAGCACAUGGCGGUGUUCAAGGAUGACGAGGAAGUCGAGCUGCCGCAGCGAGAGCACCUCAUCAAGUCUUGA